GGUACAAAUACCGGUAGUAGCGUGCCGGAUUUUCGAUGAUAGUUUGGAAAUAUCUGGAGUAUAUAUUCCGCAUGGAUAUCUUGGCAUUUCCAUAAGAUAAACUUUCUCGUUCGCGUUUUUCAUCCAUCGUACUUUCGGCCAUCUCUCCUCAUACAUAUCUUCAAGAUGAAGCUCUCAACCACCGUAUACACAGUUGUUCCUUUCCUGUCUACCGCCACCGCACAGGGCGUUGCUUACGCACAGUGUGGCGGUAAUGGAUGGACUGGCUCUACGGCUUGUGUGUCAGGCUAUGCGUGUUCAUAUGUGAAUGCGUAUUACUCGCAAUGUUUGCCUGGAACUGCAACCUUAACAACAGUUACAAGUGCAACAACGAGUGCUAGUUCGAAAACUAGCACAGCCGCAGCACCAAAUUCAACGGGAAAGACAAAAUAUAUCGGUACCAACAUCGCCGGAUUCGACUUCGGUUGCACAACAGACGGUACAUGUCUAACCAAUAAAGUCUACCCAGCUCUCAGUUCCCUCAACAAUGGCCCCGACGGCCUGGGUCAAAUGGCCCACUUCGUCUCCAAAACUGGUCAUAAUAUCUUCCGUCUCCCAGUUGGCUGGCAAUACCUCGUGAACAACAAUCUCGGGGGAACACUCGACAGUUCCAACCUUGCGACCUAUGAUUUGCUGGUCCAGGGAUGCUUGGCAACGGGUGCUACUUGCGUGAUUGAUAUCCAUAACUAUGCGAGGUGGAAUGGAGCAAUUAUUGGACAGGGUGGACCAACGGAUGCGCAGUUCGCUAGUUUGUGGAGCCAACUGGCGACGAAGUAUAAGUCGAAUACGAAGGUUGUCUUUGGAUUGAUGAAUGAACCUCACGAUUUGAACAGCAUAACCACCUGGGCAGCAACGCUUCAAACAGUCGUUACUGCUAUUCGUCAGGCCGGUGCAACAUCUACCAUGCUUCUACUUCCUGGUAGUGAUUACACAUCCGCAGGCGCCUUCAUCACCGACGGUAGCGCCGCGGCGCUCUCUAAGAUCACCAAUCUCGACGGCACUACCACCAAUCUGAUCUUCGACGUACACAAAUAUCUCGACUCCGAUAACUCCGGAACCCAUGCCGAGUGCGUAACUAACAACAUUGAUGCCGCCUUCGCACCACUGGCAACUUGGUUGCGAGCAAAUGGUAGACAAGCAAUAUUGAGCGAGACUGGUGGUGGAAACACCGCGAGUUGUCAGACAUAUUUGUGUCAACAGGUUGCUUAUUUGAAUGCAAACUCCGACGUCUAUCUGGGAUAUAUUGGAUGGUCUGCUGGAAGCUUUGAUUCGACUUACAUUUUGACGGAAACGCCAAAUGGAAGUGGAUCUUCUAUGACUGAUCAAGCGCUCGUUGCGGCUUGUCUUACUCGGACAUCGUAGUAAUGAGGAUUGAUUGAUCCGGGCUGGUAUACUUUGGUAAAGAGAUUGUACAUAGUGGAAUGCGUCUGUAUAUAUUCAAUUGGCUGUACAUAGGAAGCACUAAGUGAAAAAAAGGAAGA